AUCUCCCUUGCAUCCAGCUCUCUUGUCCCUCCCACGGCAGCUGAGAAACAAGGCUGAACUCAAUGACUGGGUGCAGCCCAUCAGUCUGCCUCACCCCUGGCCGGAGGUACCUGUGGGCACCGAGUGCAACGUGUCUGGGUGGGGCCGGAUUCAAGUUAAUUCCUCUAAGAGGUCGGACGUGCUGCAGGAUGUGGUUCUGGUGGUGAUGGCCGACGAGGUGUGUGAACACAAUUUGACUAAACAAUAUGACGCUGUGUCCAUGCUCUGUGUGGGGGAUCCUGAACGCAAGAAAUCCACUCUGAAGGGUGAUUCGGGGGGCCCGCUGGUGUGUGUUGGGGUGCCCGAGGGCAUCGUCUCUUGGGGGCCGAUCAACAGGGCCUUUCCUGAAGUGUAUGCAAGAGUCUCCCGGUUCGUCCACUGGAUACAGACAGUGAUGAAAGAGCUGAAGCCCCUGAGCUCCUGGAGUCUCAUCUCAAGCCUGAGCUGCCCAACUCCCAUUGGUCCUGAGGCUGAGCUCAGGAUCCUGUCACCGGGGAUGGGGUUGGAAAAUGUAACUCUCCAGAGCUGGGAGCCUUUCACAGCCGCUUCGCCCUGCGGCAGAUAUCACCAUGUCCCUUGGUCGGUCCUCUGCUGGGACUGAACUGGAUCGCUCAGCAUCAAACACGUGUGCCUCUUCCUAAUGGACCAGAUUGAUUAGUUCAAAAGCUGCAGGCUGGAGGCAGGUGGGAAUGUUCCACCCCAAUCAUUUUUCAACAGAAAAUGCUGUUGCCACAAAACUGAAACUUUUCUCAGGGAAAUAUCCAUUUUUUUUGCCAUCUUCCCCCUAUCCCCAGUUUUCCACCAGGAAAGACUCAGUGAAAUAGCUUAUUUUGGCUUCAGUCAACUCAAAACAAAACAUUUUUGGGGAGCCAAAUUGGACUGUUUCAUUUGGUGCCAGUUCAGCAGUGAUCUGUGUCCCUGGUGUGUCCGCGGUGCCCUCCCUUUACAAAUUUGCACCUUAUUCCCAGUCAGUGGUCCCCAACCUUUUCGUAUGGUGGGCGGUGGAUGAAGGACCGUGACAGCAGUGGAGCAUCUGCUGAAAUGCCGCCGAAUUCCGGCAGCAUUUCG